AUGAAGGGCCAGGCUCCGAGGGCGCCUCCCCGACAGCGAUUGAGCGCGAACCGCGGCGGGCGGAGGCAGGCGGCCGCGGCCCCGCCCCCGGGCCUGGGCCCCGCCUCCCGGCCCCACUUCCGCCGGGCGAGCGUCGGCCGGCGGCGCUGCCGUAAGUCCGGCCGGCGGUUUGCCGCAUCACGGAAGAUGGCGGCCGCGGCGGUGAACGGGGCCUCGAACUCGGGGCCUGCGGCGGCCUCGGGCGCGAUCCUGCAGGCCGCGGCCGGCAUGUACGAGCAACUCAAGGGCGAGUGGAACCGGAAAAGCCCCAAUCUGAGCAAGUGCGGGGAGGAGCUGGGCCGGCUCAAGCUGGUUCUGCUGGAGCUCAACUUCCUGCCAACCACAGGGACCAAACUGACCAAACAGCAGCUCAUUCUGGCCCGUGACAUCCUGGAGAUCGGGGCCCAGUGGAGCAUCCUGCGCAAGGACAUCCCCUCCUUCGAGCGAUACAUGGCCCAGCUCAAAUGCUACUACUUUGAUUACAAGGAGCAGCUCCCCGAGUCGGCUUACAUGCACCAGCUCUUGGGGCUCAACCUUCUCUUCCUGCUGUCCCAGAACCGGGUGGCCGAGUUCCACACGGAGCUGGAGCGGCUGCCUGCCAAGGACAUCCAGACCAACGUGUACAUCAAGCACCCUGUGUCCCUGGAGCAGUACCUGAUGGAGGGCAGCUACAACAAGGUGUUCCUGGCCAAAGGCAACAUCCCUGCCGAGAGCUAUACCUUCUUCAUCGACAUCCUGCUCGACACAAUCAGGGAUGAGAUUGCUGGGUGCAUCGAGAAGGCCUAUGAGAAAAUCCUCUUCACUGAGGCCACCCGGAUCCUCUUCUUCAACACACCGAAAAAGAUGACGGACUACGCCAAGAAGCGCGGGUGGGUCCUGGGCCUCAACAACUACUACAGCUUUGCCAGCCAGCAGCAGAAGCCAGAAGACACCACCAUCCCCUCCACGGAACUGGCCAAACAGGUCAUCGAGUACGCGCGGCAGCUGGAGAUGAUCGUCUGAGCCCCGGGCUCGGGGCGGGGCAGGGCUUACAUUAUUUAAAGCAGUGGCAGUCUAGGGUCCCCUCCAAUAAAGGUGGAUUCACAUUUUC